CUCUCCCUCCCUCCUGCUGUCGCCAACGCCACCAAGUUACCCCCAGCCAAAUCCUCGCCCGCCUCCCCUUUCCUCCCUCCUCCCCCAGUUCUCCAUACCACCAGCCGUCCACCCGUUCCAUUCCUCUCGUCUACUUCUCCAUUCCGCCAGGAGGAACAAGGCGUCGAGGCCGCGGCUGUGCUCUCCGGCGGCCGGGAGCAGCGGGGCGUCAUGGGCGCCGCCGAGAACGCCGCGCCGCCGCGGCAGGAGGCCGCGCGAGACAGGGGAGCGGCGCCGGAGGCGGUGGAGAAGGUGGUCGUCGUGGACCAGGCGCCGCCUCCGCCCGUGUCGAGGCUCCAGGCGCAGCGCCCGCUGGCGCCGCUGCAGGUCACCACGCAGGCGCCGCCGCCGCCCAUUUCCGUGGCCUCCGGCGCCGUCGAGCCGCCGCCGCAGGUGGCGGCGUACCAGCCCGUCCCGCUGGCCCCACAGCAGGGUCCGCUUCCGUCGCUCAACUCGCACAAGUACACCAACUGCAUAACGCUGUGCGUCUUCCUGCUCCACCUUGCCGCGGCGGGGUUCGCCAUGGGGUUCUUCGUGUUCAAGACCGUCCAUGACAACACUCGGAAUCCGCGGUCCCGUAACGCACGGCGCGAGCGCAGCCUGCUGCGCGAUUGGCUGCUCCCCGUGGAGGGCACGGUGGUGCUCAGCAUCGUGCUGGCCUUUGCGUGGCAGAAGGCGGUGCGCGCGUGGCCGCGCGCCAUGGUGCGCGUCAUCCUCUGGUCCAGCUUCGCCGUCACCCUGGGCGUGGGCGCGCUGCUCAUGUGCUUCUCGAUGCUGGCCACCGUCGGGCUCGGCGUUGCCAUGGUGGUGUUCUCCAUCGGCACGGGGCUGUACGCGUGCUGGGUGACGCGCCGGGUGGGGUUCACGGCGCGGGUGUUCGAGCGCGCCGUGCAGCCGGUGGACAAGUUCCGCGGGCUGAACGGCCCCGCGUACCUGAUGGUGGCGGCCGGGUUCGUGUGGAUCUCCGUAUGGUGCGUGGCGGUGAUCGGCGCCGUCAACUUCCGGUUCCCCGGGCUGACGAUCCUGGCGCUGGUGCUGAGCCUGAUGUGGACGGCGGAGGUGAUGCGGAACGUGGCGAACCUGACGGCGAGCCGGGUGAUCGCGCUCUACUACCUGCGCGGCAUGCAGUCGAGCGUGCAGUUCAGCUUCCAGCGCGCGCUGAGCUACAACCUCGGCAGCGCCUGCCUGGGGUCGCUCUUCGUGCCCACCAUCGAGGCGCUGCGCAUCCUGGCGCGCGGGCUCAACCUCCUGGAGGGCGAGGACGAGUUCAUGUUCUCCUGCGCGCACUGCUGCCUCCACGUCAUGAACGGCAUCUUCAGCUUCGGCAACAGCUGGGCCUUCGUCCAUAUCGCGGCGUACGGGCGGGGGUUCGUGCAGGCGUCGCGGAGCACUUGGGGGCAGUUCGAGGCGCUGCCGGGGAUGGCGGCGCUGGUGGACUCGGACAUCACGAGCUCGGUGUGCUUCCUGACGGGCGUGACGAGCGGCGCGCUGUGCGUGGCCAUGGCGGGGUCCUGGGCGUUCGCCACGCACCGGCACUACACGGCCACCGUGUCGCUGCUGGCCUUCUUCGUCGGGUACCUGAUGACCCGGAUCGGCAUGGCGCUGCCGCAGGCGUGCGUGGGGUGCUACUACGUGUGCUACGCCGAGAACCCCGGGUCGCGGCUGUUCGACGACACCAUCCCGGAUCGGCUGCGCAAGAUGCAGGAGGGCCGCGACCCGCUCGUUGUGCCGACGCCGCGGUUCCCGCACCAGCGCGCCGCCGCGUGACUGGUCUGGGCUCCCGUUCGGCAAGUCCAACAUGCCCUUCCUAGAUCUCAGCGCUGCUGAUGGAGUGGAACUGGGUGAGCCGGUCUCAGCGCAGCUCCAUUUGACCGGGUGGUGAUAGUAGGAGGCGGCUUCUGCAGUCGCGUGGAGGAAACGGAACUGGAGCCGGAUGGUUGACGAGGGAAUCUCUCCCAGUCCCACCCAGCCCAUAUUGCCACGCUGCAAGCAGCGUGCAUGUUCUUGUAAAUCCAUCCAUUUUUUGUGUUUGUAGAAAUGAGGAAUCCCCAAUAUUUCGGAUGUGUAGACAGAUCUAUUCUUGGAUAGUUAAUGUGAAUAUUUUAACUCA